AUGGCCGCAGUUAAUCAACACCCGAUCGUCUUAUUCCAUUACCCUGGAUCGCUAUGGGCUGCCAAAAUCACCGCAUACCUUGCCCUUCGCGGAAUCUCCUAUCACGAAUGCAUUCAACCAGGUGUCAUGCCGCGUCCUGAUCUGGCGGGUCUUAACAUUCAUUACCGCCGGAUCCCUGUCCUUGCGAUCGGACGAGAUAUAUACUUCGACACUGUCCUUAUGUUGGAGAAGCUUGAGCAACUUUUUCCCGGGAAUACGUUAGGCGCAAGAGAUCCAACGUCACGAGCUUUGGAGAAGACGCUCGAAAAAUGGAUUGAAAAUGCAGUCAUGCCAUCGAUUAUCGGUUCUUUACCCCCCGCCUUCCUGGAUAAUGAGCAGAUGGUAAAGGACAGGCGACAGUGCUGGGACUCUGAAAUCAGUGUCGAAGCUCAGGAGAAAGGGCGACCACUUUCUUUGGUAAACCUUAGAACACAUUUCAAUUUUCUGGAGAGUCUUUUCUCCGAUGAUAGGCAUUGGGUCCUAUCUACCGAUAACCCUGGACUUGCAGAUAUCCAUACCGCGUUUGCUCUGGAUUGGAUUCUCGGCAUGCCAGGGGCUCUCCCGGAACAUUUUUUCUUGGAUGAAUUCCCAAAGACAUUUGGCUAUCUUAAGCGAUACAGGGGAGUGUUGGAUGCUGCGAAUAUCCAAGGCCCAAAACCAGAGUCUCUCGCCGGUCCAGAUGCUGCCAAUUUGAUAAUCGAAAGCGAUUUUGUCGAGCCCGAGGGUGAUGUCGAACAUGAUCCUACCCUUCUAAAGAAAGGGCAAAAUGUUGCUUUGUGGCGCACCGACGAAUCGGCUUUCUCUCGUUCAAUAAACAGGGACUUGGGUAGGCUUUCGGCUCUGACAUCACACGAGCCUUAG